AAUGUACUUGAACGUUUAUAUCCAACAGUGCUCAAAGGAGGUUAUUAUAGGCCUAGGGAUUGUCAGCCUAGGCAUAAGGUAGCCAUUUUAGUGCCUUACAGAGAUCGCGCUCUUCAUCUACGGAUAUUUUUAUAUAAUAUUCACCCGUUUUUAAUGAAACAAAAGCUGGAAUACAGAAUAUUUAUUAUAGAACAAGCAGGAAUAGAUAUAUUCAACAGAGGGCGACUCUUUAAUGCUGGCUUCAAAGAAGUCAUGAAGUUAGGCAAAUGGCAAUGCGUUAUUUUCCAUGAUGUUGACUUAUUACCUCUAGAUGAUAGAAUUCUGUACACGUGCCCCAUAUGGCCGAGGAACAUGUGCGGUACCAUUGUUGAAGAAAAAGACCCAACAUUCCGUACAUUGUAUGGUGGCGUAUCUGCUAUGGACGUAAAACAUUUUUCAAAAGUUAACGGUUAUUCCAACUCGUAUUGGGGCUGGGGUGGAGAAGAUGAUGAUAUUUAUAAAAGGCUGCAUGAGGCUGGUAUACCCGUAACGAAAUACGAUAAGCAAAUCGCGCUUUAUACAUCGCUACGACAUGUGAAGCAAGCGCCAAACAAAAACAGAUACAAACUUUUGAGAACAGCUCUAAAAAGAUCUAAAAGGGACGGAAUAUCUUCGUUGAAAUUCAAAGUCAUUUCAGUCACCCUUUUACAUCUGUAUACACAUUUAGUUAUCGAUAUAAAUCCAAACAAAGAAAUUGUACAGGAAAUAUAUUUUAAAUGA